AUGGCACUAACAAAACUCGCCACUCUCGCCGCCGCCGCCUUCUCCCUCCUCCUCUUCCUAAACCCCUCUACCACCGCCGCCGCCGGCGGCGGCGCCAACAGCCUCGUCACCCAAACCUGCAAGCAAACCCCAAACUACGACCUCUGCGUCUCCACCAUCACCGCCGACCCCCGCGCCGCCACGGCCGCCGACGUCGACACCCUGGCCCUCGUCAUGCUCGACGCCGUCAGGACCAAGGCCACGGCGGCCGAGGGGCGCAUCAAGCAGCUGAUGAAAGCGGCGCGGUCCUCCGCCAUGCGGAAGCACGAGCCGCUGGACAACUGCGCCGCGCGCUACGACGUCGUUUUGGAGGCCGACGUUACGGUGGCGAGGCAGGCCGUGAAGUUGGGGAACCCGAAGUUCGGCGAAGGAGCGAUGAACGACGUAGGAGUGGAGUGUGAGGAUUGCGAGGGUGGGUUUGGGAGGAACGGGGAGAAGUCGCCGUUGACCAAGCAGAAUGGAGAUGUUCGUGGGUUGGCUGACGUGGCCGCGGCGAUCGUCAGGCUGUUGCUCUGA